CAAUUGAACAGGUGCUAUGCGUCAUCCGCCAUAACGUUGUUAGUGCGUGAAAGUGAGAUCGUUUUGUGAAAUUGUUAAAUAAAAAAGUGAUUUUAUUGUGAUAUUUUUGUUGUAAAAGUGUUUAAUGUGUUAACGAAGAUGACUGAGUGGUAUAGAAUGAAGACGGGCUUCAUUAACAAGCACGAUUCAUCGGAAUUGUCGACAGAAACUUCAUGUGAAAUGUCAGACUCCUUCAAUAUAUUUUCGGAUAAUUUAAGUCCGAUUCCUUCUUCAAUAGUGCCUAGGAAGUUGGAUUUUAGCAGCAUGGAUGACGAUGACGGCAUGAGGGAUGCUGUACCUCCUCCGGUUACACAUAGUCCUCCGUAUAAACGAGUUAGGGCUCUAAGGUUAUUCGACAGUCCACACACGCCGAAGACCCUGCUAGAGAAAUGCUCGACUCCAUCACACCAUCCGCCGCGCUCCAGGCUAUUCCCGCCCAAAUUAAACGCGCAGUCGGGCAUGCCGUCGGGCUCCAGUCACCACCUCCACCCACCGUCAGGCGACGACGACAGCGCGCUCGGCAGUCUGCCGCCAGACGAGCUGGAUGAGUCCAGGAUGAACAGGCGAGCCGUCGCCAAUAUCAAUCCGUUCACACCUGAUGGCCAAGCUCUAAAUAAGAAGAAGCGAGCGUUGUCAAAAACACCGACUUGGGGCGACGCUACUCCUGAACAGCCGGCGAAGAGACUCAGGGAAUCAAACAUAUCCCGCUACAACGUGGAGUUCCUAGAGCUGGGCGUGAUCGGGCGAGGGCAGUUUGGGCGCGUGACGAAGUGUGUGAACAAGCUCGAUGGUUGCGUGUACGCCUUGAAGCGGUCGCUGCGGCCCGUCGCCGGCUCGGCCGCCGAGCGGGCCGCGCUCACAGAGGUCUACGCCCACGCCGCGCUGGGGAAGCAUCCUCAUGUCGUCAGAUAUUACUCAGCAUGGGCGGAAGACGACCACAUGAUAAUCCAGAACGAGUACUGUGACGGUGGCUCGCUGCAGCAGAAGAUGGAGUCCGGACCCUUGGCUGAAGCUGAACUGCUUUUACUGCUAGCUCAUAUCGCUGAUGGAUUGGCUUACAUCCACUCCCUGCAACUGGUCCACAUGGACGUGAAGCCGGGCAACAUCUUCAUCUGCAGCGGGGAGGGCGAGCCCGCGCACGACUCCGACGACGGCUACGACGAUGACGAGCCGCAGUCGCAUCAUAAAUAUAAGAUUGGUGACCUAGGCCACGUAACGUGCGUGUCGUCCCCGUCAGUAGAGGAGGGCGACUGUCGCUACCUGCCCAAGGAGGUCUUACAAGAGGACCUUACGCAACUCACCAAGGCUGAUAUAUUCGCUUUCGGUUUAACCCUGUUCGAGGCGGGCGGUGGCGGUCCCCUGCCUAAGAAUGGUCAGCAGUGGCACGACUAUAGAGAUGGCAAGCUCCCAGAGCUGCCCAAACUGUCUAGGGAGUUUAACCAAUUAUUGAGAAAAAUGGUAGACCCGGACCCGUCGAGCCGUCCGUCGGCGGCGCGGCUCCGGCGCCACCCCCUGCUGCACCCCGCCGGGAACAAAACCAAGACGCAGCUGCGUCGCGAGCUCGCCGCCGCCAAGAUGAAGAACGAACUCCUCGCUAGGAAACUGCAGGAGGCUGCUAGAUGUAUAAAGUCAUUAACGCCGAAUUUAGUUCAGAAUCAAGAAUCGGCGAAGUUUCGCACUCGAUCGGCGAAGAGAUUGCAGAAACCGCGCGUCGAUACACACAUAGCGGAGAUGAUCCAAUCUGUGACGUCACCGAUUAGAAUAGACCGGACAUAUAGAAGAACGAAAAAGGUAUAAUAUUAUAUAUUUUUAAUUUUUAAACUAGCAACACUCGUCUUUGUAUGGCGUUUCGACGAUUUUGUGCUCGAAUUUCCUCGUUUUUGACACGUAAUUGAUGAGAUUUUGUUGAUUAAGUAAUGUUUGUAUAGCUUUGAGUACGCUCGAUUUUUGUUAAGGGCCCCGUUGGAGUCCGAAAGUUGUCGAGUAACUUGGAAAAUUGUAUAUUUCGAUGAUUGAUCGAUUGUUAAGGGUCUUGUUUGCCUUGAAAGUUGUUGGGUCAUAUCGAGAUAUCUUGUGUUGUAGUAAUAUAAAUAUUAUUUAUUUUAAUAAGUCUUAUAGUUUACGAAAUGAUCAAAUUCAGUACAGUCGUUUUUAUUAUUGUAAGGGUAAUACGGAUUUGUGUAUAAAAAGAUAAAAUUUAUAUAAUAAUAUGUUAAAAAAAAAUUGUACAAAAUAUGAUAACUUCUCAUAGCAUUUUCAAAAAAUAUUAUGUAAUAUUCAGAAAAUUCAGUGUUAAUAUACAGUUAGCCAACAUAUUAUGUAGUAUUCAGAUAAUAAAACAAAGAUAGAUUCAGUACAGAGACAGUAGCUAUUGUUAUACUAGAUUGUACGCUUUGUAACGAA